UUACCAAAUACAUAAGAAAAACAAAUUAAGAUCGAUGAUGUCUAGCAUCUUUGGUGGCCGAUAUGAUCCUUUCUCUCUUGAUGGUUGGGAAUGGGACCCAUUGGGGGACUUUCAUUUCAAAGGAAACGAAACGACGUCAUUCGUGAGCGCUAGGAUGGAUUGGAAGGACACCCCUGAGGCGCACGUGGUGAAGGCGGAGCUUCCGGGGCUCAAGAAAGACCAAGUGAAGGUGGAAGUGGAGGAAGGCAAGGUCCUUUCUAUUAGCGGCGAGAGGAAGAUAGAGAAAGAAGAGAAGACCGACAAGUGGCACGUCGUGGAGCACAGCAGCGGCAAGUUUCUUCGGCGUUUCAGGCUGCCUGAGAAUGCCAGGGCUGACAAGGUCACCGCACUUUUGGAGAAUGGAGUGCUUACUGUUACAAUUCCUAAGUUGGAGACAAAGAAGCAUAGCGCUAGAGUCAUUGAUAUAGAGGGCGACUAA